AUGAUUUCAUUUUACAUUUGUGAUUAUACCGAAAAAAUAUCCACAUGCAACAUUCACAAAAGUGGCAUUCGGAUACGGCAAAUAGAAUGCAAUAGCAGUAUACAGCCUACAAACAUAACACGCAUAUCUGCAAACCCGAUAAAGCUGGUCGAUUUUCUACACAAUUUGCAGUUCUAUCCUCGAUUCCGCCUUAAAAUAGCCAAUGCUUUGUUCUGUGAAGAACCGAAUGAAACAAUGUACAUCAAACUUAGUCCUCCUGCUAAAGAGCAUUUGGAUUACCACUGGGGCGAACGGGCAGUCCGUAUGCUGUGGGAGUUCAUAGAGCUUACCGAGUUGAUGGCCUGGCUAUCGACGCUUGGCGGCGCAUUUUCUGCUUUGGGCGAUUACCAGCUUGCUUGUGCCGAUACAGCUGGAAAAAUUUCUAUACACCAAAUGAAGCUUGCCUUUCGGCUGGGCGACCCGUCGCUUAUUGCCCGCUGCAAAUUAUACCUUGCCAUUUCGCUCAUCCAAAGAACUGAAUUCGCAGCUGCCAAGCAAAUUAUUCAGUCUGUUUAUAGUAACGAGAAAAAACAAGUUACACCCGAAACCCGUCUGCUAAAAAUGUGCCUAGGAAUAUGGGCUAAGCUGCGGUACGAUUAUGAUGUCCACCAAAAACAUCAAUCUCGCAUGAAAACGUGA